CGGAGUCGGCUGCUCGGUUCCUUCGGCUUGUGCGUGUUUUUGCGUUCUUUUUAGUUUUCCGUAGGUUUUUCCUCGUGUAGAAAACGUUUCUAGCCGUUGAUUUCGAGAUGAUUAAUCUCGAACUUAAUAUUUUUCCAAGGUUUCUCGAUUAACAAUUAGUCUCUCGAGGUUGCUCUAACAUCUUUCAUGUUUUUCCGAGACUUUCGGACAUCGAUUUCGUCUUGACCGAUUUUGACCCCAACAGUUAGCCCCCCAGCUAGCUAGGAGCCGUAGGGUUUGUAGGUCCUAGCUUGCGGUAUGGUUCGUGAGGAAAGUAUGGAGACGAAAUCGUGUCGAAGGUCGGGGUGAAUAGUCAAAUCCUUGCCUAUAAAGACUUGUGAAUUCUUUACCAUUCUUAUUUCACCCAAGAAUCUUAAGUUAAUCUCUCUCUUGCAAAUUCUCUCUCUACCUUUAAGAAAAGAAUGACUUCAAGAUCAAAAUCCUCGAGGAGGCAGUCUCACUCGUCUUCGGAUAGUUUCCAUGCCGAGGAGGAAGUUCCGAAACCCGAGGUUCCAGAGAUUGACAGGAGCGCGUAUUGCGACGCCGUCUUCGGUUCUGAUGCUCCCCUUCCCGUGAUCCCGAUUCCCCGGCGACCUCUGAGGGCGCGUAAGGAAACUGACUCGCCGAGCGAAGUAUCCCCUGAAUAUCUCGGAACUCUUCGAGAGUUUUAUGAGGUUCCGAAGGGAGUCAUGUUUCGCAUUCCUCGUGGGAAUGAGAGUUCGGAGCAUCCUCCGAAGGGUUACUUUACUUGCUACGAGGCGUUCCUGACGCAAUGCCGACUGUGGUUCCCAAUCCCUGGGGUCAUUGUUCAGGCUCUCGACCGUUUCGGAAUCGUAAUCAGCCAGCUGAACGUGCCGGCUUUGGAAAGCUGGCUUGGCGUUGUGAUUUUGAGUUACGAGUUAGGGAUGGACCUUAGCCCUGCUGACUUCGAAGGGUUGUGGAACUCCAAGACGACGAGCAUCAAUGGAGUAUACUCCAUGAAGGCGAGGACCAAUUUUUCGGUAAUCCAUGGAGUCACCUCGCACGCCAAGGAUUACGUUGACCGUUUCUUUUUCGUGAGGAUAGAUGGAGAGUCUGUCGAGGAAGGCUUUCUCCACCUAUUCCCGACGGACUGGUUGUACCAACGAGGUAAGAUUGUCGCAUCCCCUUUCUUAGAAUCCGAAAAGCGAGUACUGAACGUGUGUGUGUUUUUUUUUUUUUGUUCAGAGAACAGGUGUCUCGCGCAUGUUCCUUCCGAUCUUUCGACCAAGAGAGACAUUUUUAGGACAAUGCCUUGUUCCUGGAACUCCUUUACUCUUGACCGGAUUCGAGGGGCGGUCGCGCUUCACCGAUCGCGAGGCGGUACGCGGCCCUGUGUCAAUGAUGGAUCCUACGUUUUUGCCCCUUCAAGGCGGAGGCGGAGAUCUCGGAAGGAUAAAGGGAUUGCUUUCGAGGCCUCGUCGGGAAAUGGUGAGCUGCCGAGAUACGAUCCUGACUUCACUACAGAGAAUCAGGGUGUUCCUCCCCCGGGUGACUUCUUUGAUGAACUCCCUCCGGCGUUUUCCCGUGACGAGUCUUUGGACAACGAGGAGAGGGACAAGGUGACUGCGGAGGGUGCUCGCUUGGUCAACGAGGCCGUGAGAGUGUGGAACGCAUCGAUCGAUGGAAGUUUCCGUACUGCCCGGCUGGCCCGUUUCAAAGCGGAGGAAACGGAAAGGGAAUUCGCCAAGUAUCGGUUGGAGGUGGAGGAGCAAAAACGCCGGCAAGCCGAGGUCCAGGCUCGAGCCCUCGUUCGUGCGGAAAGGAGCGGGCGGAGAAGAGCUGCCGCCGAGCUGAACCGAAGGGCCGAAAUUUUCUCUACCGAAUUCGAAGCGUACAAAGAGGCUCAGGACUUUGUAGGCGAUUUUCGCGAGUGUCGUGGUUCGGUCGGUACUCUACACAAGAUGCAGCGUGAGGGUUUCUCUCUUUCCGGCGAACUUGCCGCGAUGGAUGGCUCGAUGAGAAUAUGCGCUAACGCCGAAUCCUUUGUUCCUCCGAUCGAAGGGAGAAUUCGAGAGUUGUGGAAUCCUAUCCAAGUCUCGGAAGAUACGGCGGAUGUAGGCGCGGGUUUGAAUGCAGGCGACGGGGGUGAAGAGGUCGACCAGCCCGACUCCUCGUUUGGAAUAUCUCUAACCGAUUGUUAUGCAUUCGAUUAUAAUUUGUGAUAGGCCAAGUGUGGCUGUUUGUAUGUAUGUGUUGCGACCCUUAGGAGGUCGCGUGACUUUGUGUUUCUCGGGAUUGGCCGUUGGUGGCUUUUGAAUCCCUGCUAUGAAUGCUUUUAUGAAUUCUGCGUUUUGAUUUAUACUUUCGUCAAGUGUAGAGGGUUUGAAUACGUGCAGUCACUUCGUAUUCAAUCUCUUUUUUUGUCGCUUGAUCCGUAGGUUACUUUGUAGCGAACGUUAGGUUUGUAAGCGAUAAGAGGCAAAUUUUGGAAUCUCGUAUUCUGGAUACUUAUGCCUAUGAGAUGUCUUAGAUACCAGCAAGGCCGGGUUUAGGGCAAGACCUAGGUCUACUUUCGGACUGAAGCUGUGCGAUGACAAAUCGGCUUUCGUUUUGCCUGUUUGCGAUUUCGACCUGACUCGUACCGUUUUAGAAUCUGCGAAGUGCUUAUCGGCUUAUAUGAUUCGUUUGGAUACGAGUCGAGCUACUUCCUUUACGAAGAGCUAACCAAAAUUUGGAUUUUUUUGUAUAGCGCGCUAUGGUAUCCUUGUCGGAUGCAAGAGGACUUCGUUAGAAGCCAGACUACGAAUUUGAUUGAGUGAAACGUUUCUAUGUUUUUCCGUCGGGGCCAAUCGACGGAAAUGAACUUUAGAGUCGCGGACAGACUGUUUGAUAGAGUUUUUUAGAGUCGCGGAUGGACUGUUUGGAGGAGAAUGGAGAAUCAAGACUUUUCGGGAACUAACGACGUCUCGCGUUCCUCAAAGAUAUGAUUUUCGUUUUCCGUAAUGUUUAUGCGUUGAGUAAGCAUUUGAAUUAAAGACUUUAUAAUGUA